AUAAAAGAAGCACGAACCACUCAUAUCAGCUCACUGCUAGACCACUAAUUAAACCGACACAAGGAGUAAAGCUCUUACACAUAACUUUAAAAACUUGAUUUUUCAUUAGCCAUAGUGGAAGGAAUUGAAAAAGGUGGAGCAAGCCGUGUUGUGUUCAUCGCCCUCCUAUUGAACAGUCUUAUAAGAGAGCCUUGGUGUGUGAUAGGAUACGUAGCGGACAGCGCCGCCUAGCGUGGGACUGACUGCAUCAUGGAGACCGUGUUUGGUGUAGACAUCCCUCUGCUUCUCCUCUUGUUGCCAUUGGUGAUUCUACUCCUCUACUGGAAAGGGACGAGAUCGUACAAUUUCUGGAGUUCGAGAGGAAUACCUGGACCUAAGCCCCAGCCUUUCUUUGGUAACCAAUGGCAGAUGAACCAGAAGGGUAAUCAGAAAUCUCUGAGGGAGUGGUCGAAAGCAUAUGGCCGUGUAUACGGAAUCUACUUCAACCAUCAGCCCAUGCUUGUUACAAACGACCUCGACAUCUUAAGAGAGGUGAUGGUGAAAGACUUUCCUCACUUUACAGACAGAUAUGACCAAUUUAAUGACAAGGUUUUCAGUAAGACUGUUUUCUUUGCUCGGGGACAUGACUGGAGAAGGAUCAGAAACAUAAUCACACCAAGUUUCACUUCUGGAAAACUUCGGCUGAUGGAGAACUUCAUCAACCGCUGUAGUGAGGUUCUGUGCGAGAACAUGCAGGAGGUGGCCCGCUGUGGUGGCAAGAUAAAUGUGAAACAGUAUUGCGGGGCCUUCACCAUGGAUGUAAUAACGGGCACAGCUUUUGGAAUUCUGAUCAACUCACAAAAAGAUUUCCAAAAUGAAUUUGUAACAAACGCAAAACUCGUCUUAGAAGGCGGCGGGGCGCCCCAAAAGAUCUUUCGACAGCUCCUUACUCUCUCUCCAUUUCUGAACCGUUGGGGUCGUUACCUUGAAAAUACGUUUGCCAAGUUUGCCAAAAAGGAAAACCGAAGCCAUUUCUUUUUGAUGGCCAUAAAAGGCAUUGUGGCAGACAGGAAAAAAGAAACGGCUCCAAGGAAACAGGCAGACUUUCUUCAGCUCCUUGUCAACGCAGAAGCAUCCAAUGACACUGUGGACACAACUGCUGAGAAUGGAAAAAGCCUAACUUCCGACGAAAUCGUCUCUCAGAUGAUGAUCUUUUUUCUCGCUGGAUACGAAACAACGGCAACGACUUUGCAGUAUAUGUUCUACAACCUGGCUCUGUACCCGGAUGUCCAGCAGAAGAUUGUUGACGAGAUUCAAGAACAGAUUGGAGACGCAGCACCAACCAAUGACAAUGUCAGUAAACUCAAGUACAUGGAGCAGACCAUCAAAGAGACUCUGAGAUUGUUUCCGCCUGUCGCCUCUGUCAAUCGCCUGGCUUCCGAAACAGUUACCAUCAAGGGUGUGACUAUCCCAAAAGGAGUUGGAGUUCUCAUUCCUAUUUAUGACGUCAUGAGAGACCCUGAAUAUUUCCCAGAUCCUGAGGUCUUCAGACCAGAAAGAUUUUCCGAAGAAGCGAAGGAUGAAAUGAAUCCUGCUUCUUUCUUGGCAUUCGGCUUCGGACCUCGUCUGUGUAUCGGCAAGCGUCUGGCUUUGCUGGAAGUCAAAAUUGCUUUGGUGCACGUGCUCAGGAAGGUUAAAUUCGUCAAGACACAGACCUACCGAGGACCGUGGUGUGUAAUAGGAUACAUACAGACAGCCCUGACUAGCACCAGACGGACUGACCACCACAGCAUCAUGGAGGCCAUGUUUGGUAUAGACAUCCCUCUGCUCCUCCUCUUGUUGCCACUGGUGAUUCUACUGCUGUAUUGGAAAGAGAUGAGAUCGUACAAUUUCUGGAGUUCGAGAGGAAUACCUGGACCUAAGCCCCAGCCUUUGUUUGGUAACCAAUGGCAAAUGCAAAAGACGGGUGUGCAGAAAUCUCUGAAGGAGUGGUCGAAAGUAUAUGGCCGAGUAUACGGAAUCUACUUCAACCAUCAGCCCAUGCUUGUUACAAAUGAUCUUGACAUCUUGAGAGAGGUCAUGGUGAAAGACUUUCCUCACUUUACAGACAGAUAUAACCAAUUUAAGGACGGACUUAUGAGCAAAAGUAUUUUCUUUGCCCGGGGGGAUGACUGGAAACGGAUCAGAAACAUUAUGACACCAACUUUCACUUCAGGAAAACUUCGGCUGAUGGAGAACUUCAUCAACCGCUGUAGCGAGACUCUCUCGGAGAACAUGCAGGAUAUCGCCCGCUGUGGUGGCAAAAUAAAUGUCAAAGAGUAUUGUGGGGCCUUCACCAUGGAUGUAAUAACCGGCACAGCUUUUGGAAUUCUUAUCAACUCCCAGAAAGAUCUCCAAAAUAAAUUUGUGAAAAACGCUAAAACUGUCUUUGAACGUGUUGGAGCGCCUAAAGGUUUAUUUCGACAGCUCCUCACUCUCACUCCAUUUCUUAAGCGCUUGGAUGAUUUCCUUCAAAAUCCGUUUUUCAAGAAUGAAGACUCUCAGCAAUUCUUUUUCAUGGCUAUCAGACGCAUUGUGGCAGAGAGGAAAGAAGAAACGGUUCCAAGGAAACAGACAGACUUUCUCCAGCUCCUUGUCAACGCAGAAGCAUCCGAAGACUUCGUGGACACCGCUGCUGACAAUGGCAAAUGUCUAACUCACAAUGAAAUUAUCGCUCAGAUGAUGAUAUUUUUUCUCGCUGGAUACGAAACGACAGCUACGACUUUGCAGUACACGAUCUACAACCUGGCUCUGUACCCGGACGUCCAGCAGAAAAUUGUGGACGAGAUUAAAGAACAGAUUGGAGACGAGGCACCAACCAAUGACAAUGUCAGUAAACUCAAGUACAUGGAGCAGACCAUCAAAGAGACUCUGAGAUUGUUUUCUCCUGUUGCAGCUGUCAAUCGCCUGGCCUCUGAAACAGUGACCAUCAAGGGUGUGACGAUCCCAAAAGGAGUUGGAGUUGUCAUUCCUAUUUACGACGUAUUGAGAGACACUGAAUAUUUUCCUGAUCCUGAGGUCUUCAGACCAGAAAGAUUUUCAGACGAAGCGAGGGAUGAAAUGAAUCCUCUCUCUUUCUUGGCUUUCGGCUUCGGACCUCGUCUGUGUAUCGGCAAGCGUCUGGCUUUGCUGGAAGUCAAAAUUGCUUUGGUGCACGUGCUCAGGCGGAUCAAGUUCGUUAAAACACAAGAUCUACCGCAAAAACUAACUUACAAAGCAUCAGGAAGUCAGCUUGUACCGACCAACCCACUGAUGAUCAAAGCCGUACUGCGUGGUACAGAAACAGCGCCAUAAUUAAAGUGGUGAAAAUAUUCUAUUUUCUGUGGAGAUAUUGCAUGAAAUUAUUGCACGGAAUUUUUAUAAUCAUUUCUCAAUUCCCUUGACCUCUCCUUCUCUUUCUUGUUCUCUCGCUUCCCUGCUCGCUCACUAAUCCUCUUUUUUUAUACCUUGUGUACUUUUGAACACUAAAGCAAAGAGAGAGGGAAAGAGAGAAAAGAAGUUGAGCGACUCACACAGUCCUGUGACAUUCUUCACACUGUUUGGCAUUGUGCCUGAGCAUGAAACCUAAAUGUUGAAGACGAAGGUGACUUUAUAUGUACAUUUCUAUGACCGACAUAUAACCAGUUAUUACAAGAACAACGAGCAAAAUGAAUGAAAGUAAUGAACAGCUGGAGGCAAAUGAACAUGAAACGUGCAGGAGGAAUGGAGAAGAUUGUUGCGAAAGAAGUUACCAACCUACUUAAAUUUGUGCAACAUGAAUAGAUAACAGAGGAAUUAGAACAAGGAACUCUUUAUACAAUCGAAAACGCAAAAGCUUUAUGCUACUCCUUACUAGAUCUUCCAGAUCAUCAUGAUGGUCCUUAUUUCACAAAGAUUUGAACAUACUGUCCAUAUUCUGAGAGAAAUUUUGGAAGAGACAUUUUAUAGUGGCCUCCCUCGUGUGUGGAGACAGGCCAGUUAAUUCGUUUCUUGUACAGUUAUCUGUUGCUGUAAUGCUGAAAUAAAGACAAAGUAUUAUUCAC